AUGAACUACAUCCUCACAGCUCCGCGGGUUCGCCCAGUUGUCUCCGAUCAACGAUCUAAGUUGGAAGGGCCACAACUGCGCCUGGUGAACGGCCGAGCGGAUGUCGGAUCAACCACACGUCCAGUACCUCGGUCUGCCGUGCCAACAAUUGCCCUCCGUCCCCGUGACCUUGACAAUCCCGCUUCCUCCCCUGCUGCUGCUGCUGCUGCUGGUCAAUCACCCUUUCCGGAAACUACACGCCUAUCA